AUUACUGAAGUCUGCCACUUCACUUUCGUCAACCCAUCAAAAUUUAAACAAAAAAUGUUUAUGUGAACAUUGCUAACAUAAUGAGAUAUGUCUUGCACUCAGCAAGGAAAAAAGGACCCAUCGAAUCCGGACCCACCCAAAUGUAGCGCCUGUCUGCACUACAUGCGCAAAAUCGAGACGAUCGAACGAGUUCAGUCAGGUAGAGAAACGGUUAUAUCGGCGUUGCAACAGCAAUUAAAAAAAUGCGAAACGAACUACAAAAAGUUGUUCGAUGAUUUCGAAAAACUGAGGUUCGAGCACAGCACCGCCAUGCAGCGCAACUUCAGUUUGAAAGAAAUCAACACGAAGCUAGAGGACGGUUUUUUUAAGCCGGACGAAAACAAAUCUUGUCGGGCCUUGCAGAAUGAAUCAGAAACUAUCAAAGUCGACAAUAAAAAAAGUUAUACAGAGAACAGUUGCCAUCCGAGCGUACAAAAACCAGUUAAAGCAAGCAGUAUAUACGGCAGUAGAGACCGUCAUAACUACUCCAGUUUCAUAUUGAAAGAACGAGUGGACAGUGGUGAUCAUAUACCGAAACAGUCUGGAGAAACUUUAGGAGACGAAUUGAAUGCCAUGAUGGAAAACUUCCAAAGGAGCAAUCAGGGCACGAGGAGUCUCGUAUUGGACGAGAAUCCUUCAAAAGUCUUCAGCGCCAUUGAGUCCAACGCGCGACUUAGUUACUGCAAAUGCAACGUCCUUACAAAACUGGACAGUGUAACAGACGAUAACCAGAGACUAUCGGAGACUUUGGAAAUAGUCAAUGCAGAAAACAAGAACAAUCUUGAGAUCGUUCGUCAACUGCAAGAAGAACUAAAACGAGCUUACAACGAGAGCGAGCAAACAUGCAACUCGCUAAAACAAAAGCUACUAAACGCGGAAAACGAACUAGAAGAAUGCAGGGCAAACGAAAGACGCAUGAAACAACUUGCGGUCUCGUCUCACAAAAGUCUUGAUGACACCGGUGGUGACGGCAGCCAGGCGAUGGUGAACGACCUGGAAGCAAUGGUGAAAGAGUUGAGAGGCGAAUUGAUAGAUAAAACGGCCGAGAUGAAGGAGUUCGAAGAAGAACGUGACCAUUUCUGCAAGAAAAUCGAGCUGUUGAUGGCAAAUAAUUCCGAUUUGUCGAGGAGGGUGCAGGAGUUACAGAUGCAGGUUCAGUCAUGUAGUAGAGUGCCCCCAAAACAGAGCGCGAGCAGUCAAAUGACACCCUCCUUCAGGGACAUAGAAAAGGAACUGUCGAAAAUAAACCAAGACAAGGAAAACCUCUCGAAAAAAUUCGAAACCUCCAACGAACUGUUGAUGUCCAAAAGCAAAGAGGCGGAGGAAAUGAGGGACUACCUCCGAUCCCAGCUAGAAGAGAUGUUGGCAAUCAGCCAAGAAAACGAGGCCUUAAAAGAAGAGAUGGAACAGGUCAAGAAGGAAAACGAGCUCGAAGCAGCCAGGCUGCAGAAUUUAGUGGAUAAAUCUCAGCACCAAGUGGCCAUGUUGCUGCAAGAACACGACGAGAAGACUCAGGAAAUCAACAAGGUGGUCAGCGAGUUGGAUUCAAUAAGGAAGUGUGUGAGUGUGGAUAAUAAUACAAAAGGUGAAGUGGUACAGAAAUUAGAGAGGGAAAACGAAGAACUGAACAACAAGAUAAGGCAGUUAGAGAUGGGGAACAUGGGAGAUUGUAAAUGUCAUUCGGCAGCUUUAGAAUUGGAGAGUCUAAGAGCUGAACUAAUCAAGAAACAAUGCACCAUCGCUGAGCUGGAAAGCACCCUGGACACUUUCAACAAAACCAUGCAGCAAUUCGAACAAGACAUCCAAGACCUAGUCUGCCAGAACGAAUGCCUAAAAAAAGAUCGAGAAAAAAAGAUAACCACCAUAAAAAACCUACAAGAACAACUGGGCAAAUCUGCAGACAACCUGAACAAAGCCACCAAACAGCUCAGCCGAUCUGACGCCAAUUCAGAUUUCAACGCCAAAAACAUGCGGGCCCUUCAAGCAGAAAACGAAGAGUUGAAGAAACGAAUCGAAGCAAUGGAAAUCGAUAAAGAUAUUUCUCAGAGGAAAUUGAAGAGCGACAAUUUACAGUUGGAGUUACAGGUCGAAAAUGCUAGAGAUGAAGUUAAGAGAUCGAGCCAAGAGUGUUCCAAACGGUUGCAAAGCCUGCAAAGAGCUUGUGACGAGAUUCAGAACCAAUGCACCCAGAGAUGUAGCACGCUGGAACGUAGCUUGCAAGAUGCCCAAAAAUACAAAGUCCUAGCGGAGGAGGAAAAGCUUAGAUGCGAGUGUUUGCAGGAAGAUAUUGUGAAAUUAACUAGAAAAAGUCAGGAGGACAAAAUAGAGAAAAUGAUAAUGUCCGAUGAGCUGAGGUCGCUGGAACAAUCCUACAACGAAUUAAAGAAAACUUGUAGCACCAAGUCUAGCGAUAACGAAGGUCCCAAACGUCAAGUGUCAUGUGGUACGACGCCUGAACACAAUUCUUUUCAGAAAGAAAGUCAGACGCCCAGACAAACGCUACGGGAUGAAGUCACGGAACAACCGUCAGUGAAGUUCAGCUUUCAAAAGAUCGAACCUAAACCCCCCAAAACGUGCCAAGCUAUUCAAGCUCACAAGCAGGCUCAGAUCAGUAGAGAGGAGUACGUAAGCCUUCGAAAAGAGUACAGAAAAAUAAAGAGCAUGCUCGGAGAACAUUUGAAAAACUACAAGGCAGAAGGGGUGGGUGUUGGCGGUACCGGCGAAGUUCAGGGCAAUUGUGGACAGAAGUGUGUGGUGGGUGAGGUGACUGGUCAAUUGAAGUUCAAGGAUAUCGAGAUGAUGAACUGUCAGCAGAAGUUGCAGGAGACUGCUUACGAGAUCAUAGAGUUGAAGGAUUACAUUUGCAAAUUGACAGCGGAUAAUAAUACUCUUAAGACGGCUAUUAAUAAUCUGAUUAAUAAUUUGGAACGAAAGAUCAAAGCUCCCAUAAAAGGCCAAUCUGUGGAAGCUAUAGCGAGUGAAAUAUUGCAGAGUUUGUCGAACAUCGAGUCGACCAUAAGCAAAAAAUGUGUCACCUGUGAAACGAGAGAAUGUACGUGCAUUGCGGAAAUUAUGUCACAGUACAGCAUGAACGAGGCCCCUUUUUUUAGAUCAGCAUUUAAGCAAAGAUCGCAAAUGAGUAACCCCUCGUACAGUUAUUCCGACACUCAGAAGGAGGUCUCAGAACACAUGUCAAGGACCCUGGUAGAUUCAUCUACGGAUUCAGACGAUUGCCCAUGUCCUAAAUUCCUAGAAAAUGAAUCUGUCGAGAUCUUUAAAGAGAGCUUGCAGGAAUUUAGUCAGAAAACCAUUCACAGUUCUACAAUGAAACAAUUGGCGUGUGGUUGUCAGCCACAUGUUCCAAGAAAAUAAGUAAACAAUAGCUUUAUGUUUUUUCUCUAUGUUCUAUAUUUUUUUGUACUUUCUACAUCACAUAAUCAUGUAAAUAAAAAGAGUAAUCUUUCAA